CCCAGAGCUCUCUUUCUCUCGUUUUCGGUUUUUGGGUGAGCCGCCGCUUUGCGAUUCUGCUUGGGCUUGUUUCCACUGAAAGGUUUUCGGGUGUUCGCUGCUAUACAUACAUAUACUUCCAGCUGUUCCAGAGUUUCUUUCAAGUCAUGGCGACCAGGUUGCAAUUCGAGAACUCGUGUGAGGUUGGGGUGUUCUCCAAGCUGACUAAUGCCUACUGCUUGGUUGCCAUUGGAGGCUCUGAGAGCUUCUACAGCACAUUUGAGGCUGAGUUGGCAGAUGUUAUUCCUGUGGUUAAGACCUCUAUUGGUGGCACUCGCAUCAUUGGUCGCCUCUGUGCAGGGAACAAGAAUGGGCUUCUUCUACCACAUACCACGACAGACCAAGAACUGCAACACUUGAGGAAUAGCUUGCCUGACCAAGUUGUUGUUCAGCGCAUCGAAGAGAGACUGUCUGCUCUUGGUAACUGCAUCGCCUGCAAUGAUCAUGUUGCUCUUACACACCCUGAUCUUGACAGGGAAACUGAGGAGAUGGUUGCAGAUGUACUUGGGGUGGAAGUUUUUAGGAACACAAUCGCUACCAAUGUACUUGUGGGCAGCUUUUGUGCCUUGUCCAACAGAGGUGGCUUGGUUCAUCCACACACAUCUGUUGAAGACCUGGAUGAACUUUCAACUUUGCUUCAGGUUCCUCUGGUUGCUGGGACAGUCAACCGUGGUAGUGAAGUGAUAGCUGCUGGCAUGACAGUGAAUGAUUGGACAGCAUUCUGCGGGUCUGAUACAACUGCUACAGAAGUCUCAGUGAUUGAAAGUGUGUUCAAGUUGAGGGAAGCUCAAUCUAGUGCCAUUGUGGAUGAAAUGAGGAAAUCAUUGAUUGACAGCUACGUCUGAGCUAGUCUGUUUGAAUCUUCGAUUCUAAACUGAAGCUAUCUUUGAAGUCUUAAGUCGAAAAUAUCUAACUUUGCCAAGUUGUAUAACUUUGUUGCCUGAGUACAUUAUGUUGCGACAUAUUAAUUUUGUUGUUGAUUUAUGUCGGAAAGAGGUGAACCAGUAUUGGAUGGGUGAUGUUAAAUGGGUUGCUUUACGGAAUGCUGUCUGUGAUAAUGUAAGAAGUAGAGUACAAUAUGUUUAAAUUGAAUAUGCAUCUGUGUGCUGUCUGUUGA